AUGUCUUAUGAACACAUCACGCCGGUCGGCUUAGACACCAUGUCUGAGCCAAACACUAUGACCGAGCCAGACGUCACUAUCAGGCCUGACAUUACUAUGGAACCGGACAGCACCAUCGAGCCAGACGGCACCGUGGAACCGGACAGCUCUAUGAAGCCGAACAACACUGUGGAACUGGACAGCUCUAUGGAGCCGGACAGCGCGAUCGAACCAGGCCCCAUGAUCUGGGAGGUCAAAUGCUGGCAAUGCGCUCUGUCCAGUGAUGGUUCUCUCAGCCAUUCUGUUACCGCCGUCAAGCUUUUCUCAGGCCAGAUCUUCACCGUGCACACCGAUCUCCUCUGCUACUGGUCCCCAAAACUACGCGCGAUGCUAGAGUACAAGACAGAAGAGCUCAAGCUCGACCUGGACGUUCAAGUUUUUCGAAUCGUUCUACAUUGGCUGUACACCAAGGAGAUCCUGGGCCUCUGGGACCAUCUUCAAUCUUCCAGACCACUUCUCACGGUCCACUUGACUCAUGGGGGUCAAGAAAUCAAAGACCAAGAAGCGUAUUACCGCCAGCAAGACUUGUAUUAUGCCGUGGAAACCUACAUCUUCGCCACCACGUACGACAUCAGAGUGCUACGGAACAUGAUCAUGGACGAGAUCUAUCAUUCUCCAACCUCGCACCUGGUCUCUUAUGCAGUUGUGCUCAAGGCUUACCAUCAUCUACCACCAACCUCAUCGCUUCUCACGUACUUCGUCGACGAAUACGCGGAGUUCUAUACAGAGGAUCUGGAUGAGCAAGUCGAGCUGGUUCUCCGCAAAAAACUGCCCAACGAAUUCCUGGUGUCCUGGCUCUUGAAGAGUAUGGACAGCGGCUUCAAAAAGAAAAAACGCACACUCGACAACUACAUUGAGCCUACCUCAUGGUAA